AUGUCUUUCUCGCUUCAAUCGCGCAUUUCGGUCCACCAGUCCGCUAAUCAAAAUGGAAGCCCCGUGCCUUCGCAUCUCGUGGAAGCUGCCGAAAGGCGACGGGAGCGACAGCAGCUGCAGAUUGCCUCCAAGGCUAAAGCAACUACCCAGGUUCAAGUCUCCCUGCCUUCGCCAAAGGUUGAGUUUGUUACUCCUCCCAGGCAGAUCAGGCGACCUACUGCGCGUCUUUUGAUUGACUCACCACUUCCGCGCCGCGAGAUUUUUCAAGAUCCCGUUCUUCACAAAAGAUUCAUUGCCACAGAGUCUCCUCCCCAUCUUAAUCUUUACAGCAACCGAAAACCCCGACAUAAACCAAAGGCCGAAACUGUCAACACAAAUGACGAGGCCCCCAGCACACCCACACCCAAAACUACCACUACCUCUAUCUCUGACCCCAAUCUUGUUGUUGUCGAUGGCAUACAGACACGCAAGCGUCGCGCCGAAGAUACUGAGAUCGACCUUGUUGCCGCACAAAUCGGUGUCACUGACACUUCCAUCCCUAUCGUUACUCUUCGCCAAGGAGAGACUGUUCCUAGCGAGGAACCUGGCCAACAGGCCCAUACCUCUAACCGCAUGCUCGGAAUUACACCAGGCGCCAGAUCUAUCACCAGGAUGAUAUCUAGCCUCUAUUCGGCCUUCACAGGCAUUGGUGAGACGAUCACCAGAAUCUUACGACCUCAGUCCUAUCAAAUCGCUGAAUGUCGCUCUUACUUGAGUGAAAACCAAGUCAGCAACAAGCGUGUCAAGAUUAGCACCAGUUGUGAUGACAACGCGGCUUCCAACACAUGCGCUCCUGGUCAGAGUGCUGGGCUCCGCUGGAUCGACCAAGAUGGCCUUACCACAUUGGUGGCUGACUAUAAGUACUUCGCCAAGUCCUUCAUGACAGUCUGGGAAUGCCUUGAGCAAAAAGCUCGACAAGAAGCAAACAAAGACCUGGCACCACUUAGCGCUGACAUAGUCGAUGCCAACAAUCGUUAUGAGGCGCACGACCAUGACUUUUACGAUAUCUUCACUUUGCAACUGCAGAGGAUUUAUGACUACUUGAACAGAAUCUACGAAAUCGGCGUUAUCGUCAAAAUUCGGGACAGCAACGAAUUUGUUCCUCCCGUUCUUGACUACGGACUUUCUGCAGAGUUCGCCGCACACCUCGAAUCGAUUAAGCACUUUCUAUCCGGUCCGGCGCUUCCUGUUGUUUGCAACAAUAUUCUCAAGAAAUGUGGGGAAGAUUACUGGAACGUUUCACAGGCAUUCCUGGAUCGAGUUGUGCUUGAUAUUAAGGCUAUCCUUCGCAACCUUCCCGCCCCAAGCUACGUUGACUCUGAAGAGUAUCGUGGCAAGCUACAGGACAUGUUCCCUACCCCACCACGAACUGACCUCGAGACGCGUUUCUUACUGCCAGGAUCAUUUCCUGAAUUCGAUGAGCUUAAGGAGCGAAUCGAUAAAAAUCUUGAUGAACAGACUGCUUCAUUCACUGAGGCAGCAGCUACAAAACCCGCCGUUCAGGCUGCUCUACCUGAGCCAGUGCCAUCGUCCCCUCGCCCUGAUGUCACUCGCCCUCACUACUACAAAACAGACUUUCUUCUCGCUGGGUUUGCUCAUGAGAAGAUCAAGCGGAUAACACCCGCGGAUUAUCGCCAAACCUUUUAUGAGGAAAGCAACGAACAUCAAGCCCUAAAAACUCAAUAUAUCACCGACUUCGCUCCCAAGGUUCCUCUUACCUCAAAUGAAACCGGAACUCUCCGAUCUAUUCUUCGGAAUCGACGAAAGCAUCCGUCAAAGGUUACGCCCAAGCGUCUUCGCGUAACAUGUCGACCCAAGGCUGUACGCUUUACGGACGACACCAUCAGUCCGAAACCAAGAACACAUCUGGGUCUAGAUGUACCCAAGCAGAUUAACUAUGACGAGGAAACGGGAGAGGCCAUUCCUCCGACCCAAGCAUUUCAGGAGCAACGCCCUCAUUGGACCCGUGGAUGGCUCAACAUACCACCUGUUCCCGCCGAGGAGCCACCCAAGAAUACCACAUUCAAUCCUUUUAGCGUUGCUGAAUGUCUCCGCCGUCGCCGCUUAGAAGAGCACGAUGGACGUGACUUCGAUACGCGUAUCAGAGAGAUAUUUGAGCUUCCUUCCCUCGAUCUCCAGAUCAGCGACGACUCAAAGGCCGGGAUUGACCAUGAAGUCGAAGAGGCCACUCAAAAAGCUGCUGAAGAGACUCGUUUGGCUGCUGAGGCAGCGCAGCGUGAGGCGGAGGAGAGGGCUCGGAAAGAGCGCGAGGAACGCCUCGCUCGAUCUGGAGGACUUCGCGAGCCUAAUCAGACAUUCGUUGCACCAGUCUCACCAGAAUGGCACACAAGGGCAAUGAACACACUCAAUGCUGCAUCGUCCACAAGCCUUGCGAAGUCUGCCGAGGGUGUUGAUCUCCGAAAACACGACUUUGCCAAGAUCGUGUCCUCAACUGAAUGGCUAAAUGACGAAAUUGUCAACGCGUCUCUUGUCUGGCUCGAUCGAGCUAUCAACUCAGCUGCCGGCAUUAAGGAUGUCAAGCGGAACACUCGCAAGAUCUGGACCCCGGGCUCAUUCUUCUUCAAACGCCUUCAAGAUCAAGGCACCGGCAAUACCCAGAGGACACUGCGCCGAUACGGCAUCGAGAAAAGAAACUUUCUCGACAUUGAUACCAUUCUCUUACCCAUUUGCGAGCAUUCCCACUGGACAUUGCUCGUCAUUCGUCCCUCCAAGCGAACAGUUGCCCACAUGGACUCGAUCAAUGCAGGCGGCAAUCGUUCUUACACCGCGCGUGCCAUGGCGUGGAUCCGAGACAUUUUGGAGGAGAGAUUCAUUGAGGAUGAAUGGAAGAUCAUUCUCCACGAGGCUCCUCUACAGAACAACGGCCAUGACUGCGGUGUUCAUACUAUCACCAACGCUAUGUGCCUCUCCUUGGGCAUUAGUCCUAUUGAGGCAUACACUGCCGACGACAUGCCCACUCAACGUAUUCGCAUCGCCUGCAUGCUUCUCAACGGCGGGUUUACAAAUGAUUUUGACCUGCGAGUUUAUUAGGAUUCCAAUACCACUAUCGGAUAACACUUAUCAAAUACAGACUACUUUAUUAUGGCUUAUGGAAGGGGCAGGCAUGGCUUUUUUGUACAAGGCGUUCAGGCAGAGAAUGUACCGGGGAAAGUACCGGGGAAAAGUGUUUCGGGUGAGAUACCACUGCAUUGCAUUCAUUGUAGGAGU